UCUGAACAGCCAGCUGGAUAAAGCCAAGGCUGUGUACUCACUGCUAGAUCAAACCAGUUGAACUUUCAUUCCCUGUCUAUCCCGCGGAAGCGAGCGCUGAAAGCUUUGCGUGGAACCGCAGCACGCCUUCGCUUCUGCACUUUCCUUUAUUCCAUAGGUUGACUGGUCAAUUCUGCUGCUGGUGAAACUUAAGAGAGGUACUUCUGUAGAGAGGGAGGGCUGGGUAAUCCUCAAGGCCGUCGACCUCCACAGCCGACCGCGACGACCCCUCUUGCAGACUCAGUCUUCAAGGCUACCAUAGGUCACACGCCCACCUCCACGUCGCCAAGUUGAAAGACCUCGGCGCUGGACCUGGUUAAGGACGCGUUUGUGUCAACGGGCGAGCGCAACAUUCACACGGUGCAGUACAUCCACGAUGCAAGCCGGCGGCGCCGGCGCACAGCUUGACCAGCAGAUUGCGCAGCUGCAGCAGCUGGUGCAGCAGCAGGGACAGCAGCACGGGCAGCAGCUGCAGCAGCUGGAGCAGCAGCUGCAGCAGCUGCGGCAGCUGGUGCAGCAGCAGGGACAGCAGCACGCGCAGCAGCUGCAGCAGCUGCAGCAGCUGCAGCAGCAGGGACAGCAGCACGGGCAGCAGCUGCAGCAGCUGCAGCAGCUGCAGCAGCUGCAGCAGCUGCAGCAGCAGGAACAGCAGCACGGGCAGCAGCCCUAGCGCGAGGCACACAUGAAGACGCGCGCACCGGCGUUUACGCGCAAGCACCGUGCAGAGCCGUGCAGCUCGCCAGCGGUGCUGCUGCCUCCGCGGCUGGUACUGGUACUGGUGCUGGCGCUGGUGCUGGUGCUUGACGUGGAAGGGAGGGCAGGCGGGACCUACUGCUGCCAGCAGCGCCAGCAGCAGCAGCUGCGGCGCCCCCGCCUUGCGUUAUCAUCAGCAGCACCAGCAGCAGCAGCGCCAGCAGCAUCGUCCGUUCGUGGAUAGAUGUCCGUUGCCAUGGGCGUGUGUAGCAAGCUGGCGGUGUGGCUCACGGUGUGUACGUAAACAGCUGCUGCGUGGUGGGCGGGCCAUUGGUGUGGCGGGUAGGGGGUGGGGGUGGGUGGGGGAUUGUGAGUGCAUGUUCAGAUAGUCCCCAUUCGCUCAUGCAGCAGCAGGCGGUGUGCGUUACAGACAGGCACGCACAUGGACAUUCACUUCAUGGGCAGCAGUUACUCGAAGCUCUGCUUGUGCCUGCCGGCUGGAGAACGCUCGGCGUGUUGCCGUUGCGCCUGACGUGGGGCUGCUGAAUUAUACGAGUGCUGGUUUGGGUGCUGGCUUGGUGCGCGUGACUGGCAAGAUGUGGUGCGUAUCUAUGUUGCGACAGACUAAGUACUGGGAAGGCGUAGUCGCGUAGGAUGUCGGCGACGGGCGCAUGAUGGCAAGAAGUACUAGGAUGGCCAACCGGGGGGGGGGGUUGUAGAUACCAGCCCCAGCUAACCAAACCCAAUGCAACAGAGCGAGGAGGAGAGCGUAGCCUAUGCUUGACAACGGAGUGGCACGCGACAAUAGUCACCAUCCCCGGGGGGUUGCAAGGAUUGGUACAGAGAAGUGUAGCGAAGUAGACAGUGGUGUGGUGUUGCGCGUACCGAGGGGGAGGAGUUUGUAUAGGUGGGAGGAGGGGAGGAGUUUGUGUAGGCGGGGGGGGGGGGGAGUUUGUAUAGGCGGAGGUACAGGAGCAGUUGCGCUAUGGAAGGGGCUGUGGGGUACUGUCUCAGCAUGGCGCUUACUGGCUUGGGCUCGGCGCGCCCCAGGGCAGCAGCUGCCAGGGUGGAGCCAGUGGGUGUUUGGACGCGACUUCUGUCGCCCUCCUUGGCCCUCAGCAGCCUGCCGCUGGGGCCGGCUGGACUGGGCACCAUAUCUAAGGUCAUGCCAGGCUCGAAGUGAACUUCUCGUCAGUAAGCACACAUGCUGUUGUAACAAUCCACGCGG